AUGUCUGACGAAGAAGAAGUAUAUUCUGAUGAGGAAAUCAUCGAGGAAGAAGAAGUCGAGGAAUCGGAAGCCGCUGAAGCUGAGAAUGAUGACGAAAAUGAAGUUGAAGCUGAGGAAGAAGUUGCUCCAGUAGAAAAAAAAACUCGUCCACCACCUGUCCAAGAGGAGAAACCUCCAGCAGAGUUGACUGAAGCCGAGGCUGCUAUGUUGGCUGCCAAGAAGCGUCAUGAAGAAGAACAGGCUGCUAAGCUUCUUGAUUAUGAGCAGAGAAGAGUUCUCGAAAAGGAGAAGAUUGAAGAUGAACUUCGUGAAUUGAAAGAGAAACAAGAGCGUAGAAGAGCCGAGAGAGAAGCUGAAGAAAGAGAAUUCGCUGAGAGAAGACGUCAAGAUGAGGAAAGAAGACGCAAAGAGGAAGAAGACAGAAAAGCUAAAGUUGAAGCUGAGAAGAGUCGUAAGAAUGAAGAGAGGCUUCGUCGUCAGAACCUCAUGGCUGGUUCUUUCAAUGCUGCUCCUUCUGGAGCUGAAGGUGCCAGAAACUUUGUUGUAAACAAGAGCGAUCAAGCUCAUGAGUUUGCCAACUUGGGACAAAAAACAAAAUCAAGCAAGGUUGGUCCAUCAUCCGAACAACUUGCUGAGAUGAAGCGUGCUUUCUUGGCUGCUCUUUGUCGUCCAGUUGACAUUUCUGGAGCUCUUCCUAAUGAUUUGAAAGAAAAAAUCAAAACACUUCAUGCUCGCAUUGUCAGACUAGAAGCUGAGAAGUAUGACUUGGAGAAACGAUCUGAACGUCAAGAAUAUGACAGAAAAGAACUCGGAGAACGCCAGAAACAAGCUGCUCGUAAUAAGGCUCUCGCUAAGGGAUUGGAUGCUGAAGCAGCCACCGAAUCGGUGCAUCCUCCAAAGAUCACUGUUGCGUCCAAGUUCGAUCGUCAGAUUGACAGAAGAUCUUACACUGACAAGAAAACACUCUUCAACAGCCCUGUUGUCCAAAAGCAAUUUGCAUUGGCCCGUGGAACCGCCCGUCCACCUCCAGAGUGGGGACGCAAAGAUAACGAAGAGCUCGAGCAGAUCCGUAAGAACCUUGAACCUCCAAAAUAUGUAGAGCAAGUCAGAGCAGAAGGAGAUGUUGCCAGACCACCAGUCGAGCCAAUACCUCUUCAGAUCCCUCAACAUGAAUUUGAAGAUGUUAUCUCAGAAGCACCCGUAGAGUCUGCCGUCGAACCAGAAGCUGUUGAAGCUUAA